UUAAACUUUAUUAUUAAUUGAAUCAGUAAUAUCUUCAUUUAUGAGACAUAUCCUCCCGCCCUGAUCCUCCACACCACCAGAGGGCGCUGCAGUCACUCUCUCUCUCUGCAGACUCUCAGCUGAGUGCUCACCUUGCAGCCUGCAGCAGGUGUUCCUCUCUUUAAACUCCUCACAAACUAAAGCUGUGGAUGUAAUGAAGGAUCUGAAGAUGGAACAUGAUCGAUAGAGGAGUGUGAAGAAGUUUUCCUCCUCCUGAAGUGAAAAGCGUCGGUCCGGUUCGAUGUGAACCAGCAGAGACCACCAUGAAGAUAAACAAGCAGAUCGACGUGAAGCGGGCCCUCGCUCUCUCCGGCGCCCUGAACUUCCUGUGCUCCUGCGCCCGGGCCUGCCUGCUCCCCUUCCUCACGCUCUUCUUCAGACAGCUGGGUCUGACUCCGGCCAUGACCGGCGUCAUCAUGGGAACCAAACACUUCAUAACACUGGUGUGGAGCCCCGUGGGGAGUCUGCUGGCCAAACACUACAACAAGAGGCGGGUGGUGCUGACGUGCUCGCUCGUGUGCUCUGCCGCCGUCCCGCUCGUGCUGCUGCUCAUCCCUCCGGCAGGCGUGCACAAACUCACGGACGCCUGCAACACGUCGGAAUUUACAAAUCCAACGCCGAGUCUCAUGAGCGGCACCAAACCGUCCACGCCAUCGACUACAGCUCAGCUUAAAACCACCACAGCAGUCCUCCCCCGGUCUAAUGUGACCCUCUCUGGGGAUAAAUCCACUCCUGCCCUGAUCAAGACUUCACUCAGUCAGCACACUGCUGAAAAUCCCCACCCUCAGAAGCUACAAGUGAACGCAUCAUCAGCGGGGAAUGGCAGUCAUGAAGAACCAAAGGUCAGCAGCUCCGGCAGAAACCAGACCAGCAGCUCUAUCACAAACCAGACCAGCAGCUCCGUCACAAACCAGACCAGCAGCUCCCUCACAAACCAGACCAGCAGCUCCGGCGCUGCUCCAGCGAGGCAGAAGAGGAAGUCAGGGAACGACCGACGGGAAGUAAAGACGAAAGAGGAGGAGUCUAAUGGCGGCCAUUUUGAAUUCCUGGGCAGCUUGAAGGUCAUGGACCCUGAACACCAGCUCUUCUUCCUGGUUCUGAUCACCGUGUCCGUGUGGGAGUCCGCGUGGGCGCCUCUGGAAUGGACGGCAGACGACGGCCUGUACGAGUAUCUGGACUUUGCGGAUUCCUCAGACCGCUACCGCAGCAUGGGGGUGUGGGGUUUACUGGGAGCAGUGUUUGGCGUCGGAGGGGCGGGCUUCUUGGUCAGCCAGUUACGAUGCGUCGUAGCGAGUCACGCCGUGAGGAGCGCGGUGCAUUUCUACAGCUAUGCCGCCGUGGUCGCUCUGGCUGUCCCCGUGGCGAUCUUCCUCCCUCUCCACCUGAAUAAGAAGCGCGACAAAGCGAACGGUCUCCUCAAGGCCGCACAGCUGGUGCGAGGGUCCCCCCGUGCUCUUCUCUGCGCCGCCACCACCCUGCUGGUCGGCGCGGCGUGCUCGGCGGUGGAUAACUUCCUCUUGUGGCAGAUGCAGGAUCACGGGAGCAACAAGCUCCACAUGGGGCUGUCCCUCGCGCUCGCUCUGCUCUCACAGGCCGCCUUCCCCCUGCUGGCGGCCCGGGUCUCCAAACACCUGACCCCGGGGCGGGUCCUCACCGUGGGGGCGGCGACCCUCGGGCUGCAGUGCUUCUACUACUCCUUCCUCUGGGGACCCUGGGCCGCGCUCCCCGCUCAGGUCUUCAGCUCCUUCAGCACCGGCGCCGUGUGGUGGGCCGUGGAGGUGCAGUGCGAGGACGUCGCCACGCCGGGCGCAGAGAGGAGCGUGAGGAGGGUCUUCAGCUCGCUCUCCUUUAACCUGGGCAGCGGGUUGGGGAGCUUCGCCGGGGGCUUGGUGGUGCAGCGGUUCGGGGUGACGUGGGUCUUCAGAGGGGCGGCGGUGUGUCUGAUGAUGUGGUGCGUCUGUCUUCCUCUCCUCCAGUGGAAAGCUCCUCGCCAGCGCCGGAUCAACUACUCACGGCUGUUAGCCGCCGAUGGGAGCGAAGGAAGCGACUCGGAGUCUGAGCAGGAGAGAGACUGGCUGGAUAAAGCCAUGGAGGACGACAGAAGCAACAACAACAACAACAACAACAACAACAACAACUACGGACGGAGGACGAACUGAACAAGGAGAGAGAGAGAGAGAGAGAGAGAGAGAGACUACUAAACUGAUUUGUUUUCCUGUUUUGUGACUUUAAGAAGAAAAGAAAACAGGAAACAGCUCGGGUCGUUUAGAAAAGUG